UGGCUUUCGGGAGUGGUUGGGUGCGAAUUGCGCUGCUCGAUUUCGAUCGGUUUCUUCCAACUCCUUGCCCCUUUCUGAGCAAUUAAGGGUUCGUCUCUCAUGGCGAUUUAACUGAAAUCGAAGGAGAGGAGGAGCCGGCUUCAUCUCAAGCCUACGCUGUCGUAGCUACCUAUUGCGAUCCAGGUGUCGAGGAGGGUUUGAGAACCUGCUUCAUUUCUCGAGGCCGCGGCUGGGUCAUAGGGCGUAGAGAUGUCCACUCCUUCAAGGAAGAGACUGAUGAGGGACUUCAAGCGGUUACAACAGGACCCUCCUGCAGGUAUCAGCGGAGCUCCUCAUGAUAACAACAUCAUGCUCUGGAAUGCUGUUAUAUUUGGCCCAGAUGACACACCUUGGGAUGGAGGCACGUUUAAACUGACACUUCAAUUUACAGAGGAUUAUCCCAAUAAGCCACCAACUGUUCGCUUUGUAUCUCGAAUGUUCCAUCCUAAUAUUUAUGCGGAUGGAAGCAUAUGCUUGGAUAUUUUGCAAAAUCAAUGGAGCCCAAUCUAUGAUGUGGCUGCAAUCCUUACUUCUAUCCAGUCGUUGCUCUGUGAUCCAAAUCCCAACUCACCUGCCAAUUCUGAAGCUGCGCGCAUGUUCAGUGAGAACAAGCGUGAAUAUAACAGAAAAGUCCGUGAGAUUGUCGAGCAGAGCUGGACAGCAGACUGACUGCCGACAAGAUCAAUGCAACGCCCUCCUGGAUAUAUGAUGCAUACUCUAUCUUCAAGUUGUACGUUAAUGUUUGUAGAAAAAUGAUUGCCUUUACUUUGCCUAAAUGCGUGUCAUUCGUACUCUGCAAUCCGAUCUCGUUUGCUGAAUUGCUGUUGACUAUCAUAUAUCUAAGUUUUCCUUUCAUUA